AUGAGCAACCUCUCAUCAUCAUCCUCUAUCACUCCAACACCCUCGACCUUCCAUAACACUCCUACGGCUACCCAUCCGAACUCGGUCUACACCGUGCGCAGCGGCUCGGGGCCCGCUUCACCCCCUCACGCAGGGCUGCCCCCGCCUUCCCCGAACCGAAGUCGGAUACCCGUGACGCCUGCGGUGCUCAGGUCGAUAUUCGCCUCGUCGCGGACGGCGCUAGAGGAGCGUUCCUUGUCGCGCGUAGCGUUCUUCAGGUUUACGGGAUUCCUGUUGAGCUGCUUGUGCAUCAGCUUUGCCGCCGCACGAGGGAGGGGCAUCAAGAGCGGCGCCGCUCUACUGGGUGUGGGCGUCGUAUAG